AUGACCCUCAAAAUUGGCCUAGUUGGUUUGCCGAAUGUUGGCAAAUCCUCCUUAUUUCAUUACUUAACUAAAAAAGAUAUUUUGAUUGCUAAUUAUCCGUUUGCCACUAUUGACCCUAAUGUUGGGGUAAUGCCUUUGAUUGACCCUCGCUUGGAAGAUGCUAUUGAAAUCGUCGAUAUUGCUGGUUUAGUCAAAGGCGCUUCGCAAAAUUUAGGGUUGGGGAAUGAAUUUUUAUCUCAUAUUCGGGAGAAACAAUUAGAAAAAGAAACACCAGUUAGUCAACUAGAUUUAUCAGAAGAAGAAAAAGAAUUAAUAAAAGGUUAUAAUUUCCUCACCAGCAAGCCCAUCUUUUUGCUGGCUAAUUAUGGUGGGGAAGAAAAGGAAAUCGCGGAAUUAAGAGAAUAUGCUAAAAAAAAAGAAUUGUCUCUCUUUCCUUUGGCAGUCAAAUUGGAGGGAGAAAUGGAAGAGUUAUCAACCGAGGAAAAAGAAGAAAUGGGUUGA